AUGCCUCUACUCGGCCUGAAGCCUCUACUCGGCCUGAAGCCUCUACUCGGCCUGAUGCCUGUACUCGGCCUGAUGCCUGCCAGUUGACUCGAUGCCCGCUGUUGAUCCAGAUGAUCCGGUACCUGAUCCGGUGCCCGCUGUCGUGCCAAUUGACUCAGAGCCCGCUGUCGUACCUGGUGACUUGGUGCCCACUGCCUUGCCAGAUGACGCGGUGCCCGCUGGCAAGCCAAAUGACCUGAUGCCUGGUGACCUAGUGUCCGCUGUCAUAAUCCGGUACUGAUGACCCGGUGCCCACUGUCGGGCCUGUUGACUCGGAGACCACUGCCUUGCCAGAUGACGCGGUGCCCGCUGUCGAGCGAAAUGACCUGAUGCCUGGUGACCCGAUGCCCGCUGUCCAGCCAGACGAUUCAAUGUCUGCCCCAGUGCCCGCGGUCAUGCCAGUUGACUCGGAGCCCACUGCCUUGCCAGAUGACGCGGUGCUCGCUGUCGAGCCAAAUGACUUGAUGCCUGGUGACCCGAUGCCCGCUGUCCGGUCAGACGAUCCAAUGUCUGACCCAGUGCCCGCGGUCAUACCAGUUGACUCGGAGCCCACUGCCUUGCCAGAUGACGCGGUGCCCGCGGUCGAGCCAAAUGACCUGAUGCCUGGUGACCCGAUGCCCGCUGUCCGG